AUGGCAGGACCAUCAGGACACCCAAUUCCAAUGCCAUCGCUUAUUGACACGGACACUCCAGAGACUCCCUCGCGCCAAGCACCAGCUGCCCAUGGCAGCGACUCAAUGCCUAUGCAUGAAGAAGACUCCACUGGUUCAAUGGGGACUGGAGAGGCUGGAAAGAAACCGAAGCCUCGGACACGGUCCCGGAAGCGAAAUCGUGGUUAUGAACUUAGUAAUUGA